AUUCAACAUGAAUUUGAGAUGAAAGGAGAUGUUACAGUUAGUUACAUACAAGGUUUACCACAUAUGAUUAUACCGUUACCUAGUCGAAAUGAAAAAUGUCGUUUCACAUUAAAACCAGUUUCGCACAAUGUAGGUGAUUUUAUAAAUAUGUUAAAAUCAGAAGAUCGAGGUAUCGAUCGAGCAACUAUACUUAAUCGUGAUGGUGUUCGAAUUGCAUCAACAUGCAGUAUAGAAAGUUUAAUGGACGAACCAUUUAUAUUACAUAUAAAUGAUAAAAGAUAUGACGUUGUUCCUCCUCCAAGAGACAGAAUUAAUAUGGAAGAUUUAAAUAAAAUAGGUGAUGUUCGAGCUCUCGUUGCACAGUUAUAUGAAGCACUUCAUGUAGGUGAAUAUCAUAUUAGGAAAGAAAAAGAACUUUUAGAAAGAUUAGAAGAUCUCAAAUAUAAAUUAACUCCAUUAGAAGACAAAAAAUUAGAACUAAGUCAAAGGGCAAUGCGUAGAACAAAUGUUAUGACAUGGCUUGGUCUCGGAUUAAUGUCAGUACAAUUUGGUAUAUUAGCACGAUUAACAUGGUGGGAAUAUUCUUGGGAUAUUAUGGAGCCUGUUACAUAUUUCGUUACAUAUGGUACUGCAAUGGCUGCCUAUGCAUAUUUUUGCAUUACAAAACAGGAAUAUCAAUAUAGUGAUGUUCGUGAUCGACAAUUUUUAUUAACAAUUCACAAACGUGCCGAAAAACAACAAUUUGAUAUUGAUAAAUAUAAUUCAUUAAAACGCCAAAUAAGUGAAAUUGAAUAUGAUUUAAGACGUUUAAGGGAUCCAUUAAAUUUACAGCUCCCACCGCAUUUAGAGAGAGCAGAACAAGGUCCAUCAUCUGUUAGAAAAAUUUUCGAUUCAUCAAAAUCAUCUAAUACACAAUCUACAUCAUCAUCAUCAUCAUCAUUAAUGCCAACAACUUCAAUAAUAAAAACAAAAUUAUCAUCAUCAUCAUCAUCCAAAAAUGAAAAUUCCUGUGAAGAAAAAAGAUAAAGAUCAACAAACUGUAAUGAAUAAGCAAAAAGAAAAUGUUAAAAAAACAAAAAAGCAAACCAUCGAAAUUAAAAAAAUCAAAUUGAAAACAAAUAAUAAUAAUAAUAAUAUAUCAAAUAAAAAUAAAAAAUUAUAAAUAAUUAUUUUAUGAGUACUCAUUAAAUUUUAUAUUUUAUUUAUGUAUAAAAGAAAAAAUACAUAAUUGAAUAUUUAAGUUAAGCAAGAAUAUUAAAUGA